UGCUCGACGAACACAUAUAUUGUUACAACCAACAUUGAAAGGAGCUGUUGAUGUAGUUUAUUGUUCAAACAUUUCAGUGGCGAGGCAGCUUGUUGUAGCGUGCUUCACUUUUCUAGGUGAUAAUAUUUUGGGACCACUGUUACCAUGGGUGUACACGGUCUGUGGAGGCUGCUAGAGAGCACAGGGAAACCCAUCAACCCUGAGACCCUGGAAGGAAAGGUCCUUGCCGUUGACAUCAGUAUAUGGCUGAACCAGGCCGUGAAGGGGGUGAGGGACCGUGAAGGCAACAGCAUGCAGAACGCCCACCUCCUCACCCUCUUCAACCGCAUCUGUAAGCUGCUCUUCUUCUGCAUCAGGCCAGUGUUUGUGUUUGACGGCGACGCUCCGCUGCUGAAGAAACAAACUCUGGCUCUCAGGAGGCAGAGGAAGGAGGAGCUGAACCGGGAGUCCAAACAGACCAAUGAGAAACUCCUCAAGACCUUCCUGAAGCGUCAAGCUAUCAAAGCUGCACUCGGAGACAGCAGUAAGGAUCCACUCCCCAGCCUCUCCAGUGUAAGGAGAGAUAAGGUGGAAGAUAUGUAUGUUUUACCAGCCCUGCCGGCUGCAGAGGAGAAGGAGAAAAGCAGUUCAGAGGAGGAAGAGAGAGAGUCGGACGAGGAGGUGGACACUUAUCAUCACGCACAUGAGGGAGAUUUGUAUGAAGACCCAAACACAGUGGACAUUAACUCAGAGGAGUUUGCCAGCCUGCCUCCUGAAAUGAAACAUGAGAUACUGAAAGAUAUGAAGGAGUUUACGAAAAGACGCCGAACCAUGUACCACAAACCCCCAGAGCGUUCUGGAGACUUUUCCCAUUAUCAGUUGGCUGGUUUGCUGCGAAGGAACCAGUUGAACCAGCGAUUGGAGGGUGUGGAGAAGGAGAUGAGCCAGAGGAGUGCCGGCAGUGCUCCGCAGCUCUACCAACAGGAUGGAGACCAACAGAGUCACAGUGUUGAAUCACGACGACUGGUGUCAGAAGACAGUUCCCACUAUAUCCUUAUUAAAGGCUCCAAAAAGAGCUUGACGGCCCCUGAGAAUCAACCUGUAGCUACACUCUCUUCUGGCAGCUCCCUGACAGGCUACAAAAAACGAGCAGCAGAUAGACCCAAACCCCUGUGGCGUCCUGUAUGUGAGGAAGAGGAGGAGGAGAAGGAGGAGGAGGUGCAGGGUACAUCUGUAGAAGACUCCAAACCCACUACAUCGACACUUUCUCAGGAAGACAUAUCACCACCCUCGCCUCGUACGCUUAAGGCGAUCCAUGCUGCAAUGAACGACAGCUCAGAUGAAGAGAGAAUUAACCAGGACAUGAAAGAUGGCAACUUGUCCCCACGUACCCAGCUGGCAAUCCACCAAGCUCUCUCUGAGGAUGAGGACGGUGCAGCUAAAAGAAGCAUACCCACCGAACUGCAGGAGGACGCUCAACGUCCUGUGACACUGGUGGUCGUCCACAGCUCAGAGGAGGAAACUGAACCAGCUAUGACAUCUUUAUUAAGUGAAAAACCUGAUGUCCAGGAAAACCCAACGAGCCCAAGUUUACAUGUAAAAGAUUCCUUGUUUGUUAGUAGUUCUGAAGAUGAGAUGGAGGAAGUGAUUGGGCAGAGAAAUAAAGCUCUCCGCUUUGCAGCACUGCAACAGUGUCAGGAAAAUGAGCUGAAGGCGGAAGGUGAGAUGACGAAAGGGGAGCUGAAAAGAAGAGAGCCACAGAACAGCCUGGUCUUUGAGAACAGGGAUCUGGUUCAGCCACAGAGUGUUGCCACUUCCACCCCAAAUCCAGCAUCCAUCAGUUUGUCUGCAGCACAAGGGCAAGGAAAUGACGUAGUGAAGUCAGAAAGCAGCGAGGAGAGCGAGACAGAAGAGGGUUUCAUUGAGGUGUCCGAAGACGAAUUUAAAGAAGAGGAUGAAGCCGAUGCACUUGUGGUUUUGGGAGAGGCUCCAUCAGUUGAAGUCCAGAGAGACGAGACCGCGAAGGAAGAAAAACUAGAGGAGAAUCUGACUCCAGCUGCUGUUCCUGGAUUAAAGGAAGAUGAGGAAAAGUUCAAACAGAACGAAGAGACCGAGCAAAAGGAGGAAUCCAGCUCCGCUCCAGCGACAUGCGAAUGGGAGCACUUGGAUAUGGAUGAGCUGGAGGCCCUGGAAGGCUCCCUGCAAGUGGAGCAGAGCCACCUGAGGGAGCGGAAACAGCAGCAGGAGCGAAUGGCCAACACGGUCACUGGACAGAUGUACCUGGAGAGUCAGGAGCUCCUGCGACUGUUCGGCCUGCCGUACCUGGUGGCGCCCAUGGAGGCCGAGGCUCAGUGUGCGGCGCUGGACCGAGCUGACCAGACCAACGGGACCAUCACGGACGACUCGGACGUGUGGCUGUUCGGGGGGCGUCACGUGUACAAGAACUUCUUCAGCCAGGACAAAUACGUGGAACACUAUCAGUACAGUGACCUGCACAACCAACUCGGUUUGGACAGGACUAAGCUGAUAAAUCUGGCCUACCUGCUUGGCAGCGACUACACAGAGGGUGUGCCAGGGGUCGGGUACGUGACUGGCAUGGAGAUACUCAACGAGUUCCCAGGGCCGGGCCUGGAGCCACUAACGGAGUUCAGUAAAUGGUGGAUGGAAGCUCAGGAGAAAAAGCGUUUGGUGGCUGAUCCCCGAGACACAAAGGUGAAGAAGAAGCUGAGGGACCUAAAACUGCAGCCGGGUUUCCCCAACCCCGCCGUGGCUCAGGCUUACCUGCAUCCUGCCGUGGAGCAGUCGGAGAGCUCCUUCAGCUGGGGGCGCCCACAGCUCGACAUGAUCAAAGAGUUCUGUCUAAGUCGCUUUGGUUGGAGCAGUCGGAGGACGGAGGAGACUCUUCAGCCUGUGAUGAAGCAGCUCAACAACAAGCAGACUCAGCUCAGGAUCGACUCGUUCUUUCGCAUGGAGCAACAAGACAAGCAGACGAUACGCAGCCAGCGUCUCCGCCGAGCGGUCGCCUGCUUGAAGAGGAAGGAAGAAGGCGGAGAGAAGGAUGACGAGGAAACGCAUCGUCCAUCCAAAUCUAAACGAGUGAAGGCAGCGAACAAGAGCAAGAAGGGAGGAGACAAAGAGAAAGAAGAGGAGACGUCUGUGGCAGGAGGAGGAUUUCUGGGGUCGGAGGUUACUGAGAAAUCUCCUCUCAAAUGUCUUGAGGAUGUGAACAGCACCAGCCAGGAGUCGCGCUCCGUUAAGGCUCUGCCCCAACCUAGUAAGACUCUACCUGUAGGUGUUGGGAGCAGCAGCAGCUCUGGAGAGGACAGUGAUGGCGGCGGUGAAGUUGCCACGGUUACAGCACGCUCCGUGUUUGAAAGCAGCCGUCGAGGACGCGGAGCAAAGACCUCAAGAGGGAGAAAUAAGACUGGAAAAAAGGGAAGAGGGAAGAUGUUGUAAUAUAAAAAAAACUAAAUCCAAAUAUUGUCUGUAAUAUUAUAGUUAAUGAUUGUCAAACAAAGGUGAACAUGUAAAUGCAUCAUGAAGUUUGUAAACUUUUACUUAAUGCAAAACUGAAAUACUAUUUUCACAUCAA